GAUUAUGGCGCUUCUCCUGCUCCUCGUAUCAUCAUCUUGCCUCGUCGUGGCAGCCAGUAUCGCCGUGCUGUGCUACGUCAACAAUGACGCCGACGAGCGGCUUCCACCUGGGCCGCGAGUGAGGCUGCCGCUCAUUGGCAACCUCUUCCUCCACGCUCCGACCAUGGCGUUCCUCCCGUCGGCGCUCCGCCGGCUACGGCGCUCGCAUGGCCCGGUCGUCACGCUCUGGGCCGGCAACCGCCCGGCCGUCUUCGUCAUUGGCCGUGAUUUCGCGCACCGCACCCUGGUCCUCGCGGGCGCCGCCCUCGCGCACCGCCCGCCGUCGCCAUUCGCCUCCUCCCGCGCGCUGAGCUUCAACCGGCACGGCGUGAACGCCGCGGAGUACGGCGAUCGCUGGCGCCGCCUCCGCAGCAACAUCUGCUCAUGCCUUGCUGCCACCGAGGCGCUGCGGCGUCGGUCGGUGGACAGGCUUGUAGCGACACUGGAGUUGGAGGCGCGCGCCGGAGCCGGCGCCACCGGCGUUGUCGCGCCGACCGAUGCGUUCCGGCACGGGGUCUUCUCCUUCUUCGCCGUGCUCUGCUUCGGCGAGUGGGUGCGCGACGGCGAGCACGACGCUGUGCUCCGUGAUCUCCGACGUGCCCACGCCGACAUACUCGCUCUCACCGUCGAGCUCGGCGCGUUCCACCUCGUGCCCGCGGUGCUGAUGGUGCCGUACUUGCACCGGUGGUGGAAGCUCUCCGGCCUCCAGAGGAGUCACCGUGACAUUGUCGCGGCUCUCAUCUCCGUUCGCCGGCUCCGGCGGGAGAAAGCCGACGGAGAUGUUGCUGACUCAGCUACCUUUUGCUACGUGGACACGCUCCUGGAGCUCGAGCUCGGCGAGGACGAGAUGGUGAGCCUGUGCUGGGAGUUCAUGAACGCCGCCGCGAAGACGACGUCGACGGCGCUGGAGUGGACCAUGGCGCGCCUGGUGCACCACAGCGACAUCCAGCGGAAGCUCCGCCACGACAUCGCCAAGACCACCAACAGCGGCGGCGUGGGCGUCUCGCCAUCGCCGUACUUGAAGGCGGUGGUGCAGGAAUCCCUUCGCCUCCACCCGCCGGCGCACUACCUGCUGGCGCACACGGUGGACCGCGACGUCCCGCUCGGCGCCGGUGGCUACGUGAUCCCCAAGGGAGCCAUUGUCAACUACGCGGUAGCGGAGAUCGGCCGUGACGCAACGGCGUGGACGGACCCGGACGAGUUCGUGCCGGAGCGGUUCAUGGAAGGCGGGGAGGGCGCCAUGGUGGACGCCGUCUCCUGCGGUGGCGCGGAGAUCAGGAUGAUGCCGUUCGGGGCAGGCCGGAGGGCGUGCCCCGGCGCAAGCUUCGCCGUCUCUGUCCUGCACUUGUUCGUCGGCAGGUUGGUCGAACAGUUCGAGUGGUGGCCGGUGGCCGAGGACGAGAAGGCCGCCGCCGUCGACUUUUCAGAGAAGACCGGGCUCGUCACUGUUAUGAAGACACCGCUGCGGGCUCUCCUUGUCCCGAUUACUUCGUCUUAGGUAGCACCUGCACUGCAUGCCGCAGGCUUACUAGCGGACACUGAUUUUAAAACUCUUUACAGAUAUUUGCCUGUCAAUCAAAAAAUUAUAAAUAAAUUUAGAAAAAUUAAGAAAAUAUAUUAAUAUAUGAUAUAUCAUUCCCACAAAUAUACUAGUUAAAAUUUAACUUUUACAAGUUGCAACGGAAAACCAAAAUAAACUACAGCUAAUUAACGUAUAUUAAUAGGCAAUGUUGCGAGAUUUAGAAGUUUAACUUGAUUUUACAUGUUGGUAAAAAAAAUAGGAGAAAAAAAAUAUGACAGAAAAGAAAAAUAGGAGAGAAAAAAAACCCCGAGAGAAGCAAAAAUUACUUUCGAGGGUUUAGUUAUGGAAGCCCUACCCAACGGAAUGUUCCGCGUUCGCCUAGAGAAUGACACCAUCAUCCUGGGCUAUAUUUCAGGAAAGAUCCGGUCUAGUUCUAUACGAAUACUGAUGGGGGAUCUGGGACGGAAGGAUUCGAACCUCCGAGUAACGGGACCAAAACCCGCUGCCUUACCACUUGGCCACGCCCCAUUUCGGGUUUUAUGCGACACUAUGCCAUACGCCCCGCGGGGAUUGUAGUUCAAUUGG